AUGUUGAGAUUGGGAAGAGUGUCGCUGCCAGACCCCAUGUACAAAGUUCGCUAUCUUCAUCGAAUCUUUCAUUUGUUGAGCUUCAGAGUCAUCAUAAUUGCUCUUCAUGUCACCGAAUUCACAGCCACGCAGUUGACAGCCGCUCCAUUAUUAACUAACGAAGAUACUCAUUUACGAAUGAUCACCCAGCUCUACAAUCACGCGUCUCCUCAGCGUUCGACUGUUUGUUGCCGAGGAUGCUACCCUGACGAACCAAUGCAAACGAUUCGACCGAUAUAA